CGUGCACGAGAAAGUCCUCGGUUAUUCACCCGGAUUGAACCGUCAGUUUGGGCACAGUGCAUCAGUUUUCUUUUACCGGAGUUUACAGCAUUUUAAAGGAAGCCUGUCACCAUGCCGAUGUUCGUGGUCAAUACCAAUGUUUCGAAAGACGCAGUUCCUGCUGGAUUAUUGUCCGAAAUUACCCAGGAGCUUGCUAAAGCUAUGGGGAAACCAGCCAAUUACAUCGCAGUGCACAUCAUCCCAGAUCAGAUGAUGAUGUUCGGGGGGAAAGCAGACCCUUGUGCCCUCUGCUCUCUCCACAGCAUCGGGAAGAUCGGAGGCUCACAGAAUAAACAGUACUCCAAACUGCUCAUGGGCUUGCUUAAUAAACACCUGGGCAUCUCACCUGACAGGAUCUACAUCAACUUUACCGACAUGGACGCAGCAAAUGUGGCCUGGAACAACUCCACCUUCGGUUAAAGCAGCUGGAUUUUUCCUCGUCUAUUACCAACAGAGCUAUACAUUCCUGUAGACGUAAUGAAAAGGAGAGCACUAGAGAUAUUACUCGAUUUUGCCCUAUUUAGCACUUAAUGUAGAUUUGCUUCGGUUUCAUAGUUCAUAACCGUUACAUGAAAAGUUACUGGUGAGAUCUUAAUGUCACUUUACAAGCCUUGUAAAAAAAAAAAAAUAAAUCUUAAACAUAAUUCUCGGAUUGAUGAUUAUGGGUAUAAUACUUGAAAUAAAAGUAUGAAUAUAAAUAAAUCUGGACAUUGCUGCUUCAAGUGUCUUGUAAUUAAGUCUUUGUCAUGUAUUGGCGGAUAUCAUAUCAACGAAAUAUCCAAGACAAUCAUGAAUAAAAGAUCUAAGAAGGAGUUUA